AAGUACACUUAUUUUACCACUACUUCAUCUUUGGUCAGCUUAAAGACUCCUUCUCUUCUCUCUCUUUUAUUUACAAAUUGUGUAUAUAUACACACAAGGACCCCCACUUCCUUACACAACUUUGCUCCACUCUUUUAACAAAAUUUCCAAAGAGAGAAAGCAAUACAAAUAAGGAAAAUUAAUCAACCACUUUAAUUUUUUUCCAUUAAAAGUCACAAAAUCAAGAAAUAUUUGUGUUGCUUUAUAUCGAUCGAUCGAUCGAUUAGCUAGGUAGAAUGGGAAGGCCACCUUGCUGUGAUAAAAUUGGUGUUAAAAAAGGACCAUGGACACCAGAAGAAGAUAUCAUCUUGGUUUCAUACAUUCAACAACAUGGUCCUGGUAACUGGAGAGCUGUCCCUGGUAAUACUGGUUUGCUUAGAUGCAGCAAAAGCUGUAGGCUCAGAUGGACUAAUUAUCUCCGGCCUGGAAUUAAACGUGGUAACUUCACUGAACAUGAAGAGAAAAUGAUUAUCCACCUCCAAGCUCUUCUUGGCAACAGAUGGGCAGCGAUAGCUUCGUAUCUUCCCCAAAGGACGGACAACGAUAUAAAGAACUACUGGAAUACUCAUCUGAGGAAAAAGCUGAAGAAGAUUCAAGGAAACGAUGAGAAUAGUACUGGUCAAGAAGGAGCAACCUCAUCAUCAUCUCAAUCAAAUUUCAUAAAGGGACAGUGGGAAAGGAGGCUUCAAACAGACAUCCACAUGGCUAAAAAAGCCCUUGUUGAAGCUUUGUCACUUGACAAAUCUGAUUCCCUGGCUAAUCCAAUUAGCCCAGUUCUAGCUCAACAAACCGUUCCAGGGUCCAGUUCUUAUGCAUCCAGUGCUGAAAACAUUUCUAGGUUGCUUCAAAAUUGGAUGAAAAAUUCCCCCAAAUCAUCUCAAUUAAGUCGAUCGAAUUCGGAGACUACGCAAAGCUCGUUUAAUAACCCGUCAAUCGGGUCAGGUUCGGGGUCAAGUUCGAGUCCUAGCGAAGGUACCAUAAGUGGUGCAACGCCAGAGGGCUUCGACGCCCUCUUCAGCGAAGGCAAUGCUUUCACGCCUGAAAAUUCCGCGAUUUUUCAGGUAGAAAGCAAGCUGAAUUUUCAGAAUAUUAAUUCGGAAAAUGGAAUUUUGUUUCAAGAGGAGUCACAAGCCCCGUUAACUUUGCUGGAGAAGUGGCUAUUUGAUGAUGCUAUUAAUGCACCAACACAAGGAGAUGAGUUUAUUGGGAUGGACUUGGGUGAAUCUGCUGGCUUUUUUUGAAGAAAUAUUUACUAGUAAAUGAUAGUUCUAGUAAAUAUUUCUUCAGAACAACAUAGCAGUUUAAUUUGGGGUUUUGUUUUGUCUGUCUUCUUUUGUGUUUGUUACUUGUUAAUUAGAGCUUUGGAAUUUAGUUUGAUAGGUUUUACUUACUUAGUAGCCUAAGCAAAAACUCUGAUAUUUGCAAGAGCAAAAGAGUGUAAAUUACAAGUGUAUAUCUUAAAUAUGCAUAUGUAGUGAAAUAGUACUCCGUAGUUAUGUUUACCAGCCUCUUUAGACUAUAUAAGAGCUUCAACUGUUUGUACUAUUUGCUCAAAUAUUUUUGAGUAUUUAAUUUAAAAGAAAUGAAAAAUAGAUGGAGUGAGACUAA